GAAUGUGGGCAUAGCAACUUCCAGUUUGAUCGGACAUCAAAUUAUCCAGCACCGUUCUGCUGUGUAUUAGAAGUAGUAAAAUAAAUCUCUCUUAAAUUCUAAAGGAUAUAUUCCUGGCUUCAAUGCUUUCAACAACUGUGAUUAAUAAGAGGAAUCAAGUUUUUCCAUCAGAAGAACCUAAAGGCAGAAAACAUUUCAACCAGGCUCACAAAAGAACCUCAUUGUUUGGUUCAGAAAACGAACCACAGUUUUUUGAGGAUUGCAUAAAGCAUUUUGCGAAGCAAUCUAAAGAAAAGAGUUGUAGGGUAAACAAUGAAGUUAUGAAUGGAGAGGAAACAUAUGACACUAUACAAAAUACUGAUUUGCAAGAAAGCUACCAGCCCCCAAAGAAACAGAAUGGUCAAAAUGACGCGGAGACCCUUUCACACAAAGAUGAAUUGGAAACAGAGAAUCCUUUGAGUGCCAGCACUAUAAGUAGAGUAGAACUUGCAGAUGUUAAUCAGCUUGUAAGGGAUGAUGGGACAAACAAAUAUAUGAAGCGUGAGCACUUAUGUGAAAAUUCACAGAUGGUACAAAAUGGGAAAUUAGACAAUAAUAACAAUGUAGAAUAUUUAAUUCAAGCUGUUAAAGAAAGAGAAAAUAAAAGAGAAUUUGAUGCAUACAAAUCUGAUAAAGAUUCAUUUUUAACUGAAUUUAAAGAAAAGUUAAAUAGUAGAAAAGAAUACAAUAAAAGAGGAGUGUUAAACGCACCAUGGUAUACAGAUCCAGAAGAAGGAAUUGGUUCAGUAAAUGUAAGAAGAGAAAAUGAUAGAUAUGUAAAUCAAAUGCAUAAUUUAUCAUCUAUUAUAUCCAAAUCUAAAAGUACAACUCAACAAGAUUUUCCACGAUAUUCUGAUCAAGAAUUAAAAGAAUGUAGACCCAAAGGGAGUUAUUAUGGAAAUAAGGAGUCAAUGGACUGGCCGUUUAAAGAAAACAAUGAAAUAAAUCAUGAAAUGGGACUAAAUGCAUCACAUUAUCAUAGAUCUUCUGCAGUUAUUGGCCAGAAUUUCAUCGAGAAAUUUGGUUUAAAAACACCAUCUCCAUAUAAGAAACAACAAAAUGAUAUACCAGUGGCAGCAUCUAUGCUAAGAAACAGUCCAUAUGCAUUCCAUGGCUAAGUUGAGUAAAGGUUGAAAACACACAAUAAUUUGAUAAACACAAACUGGCUAUGAUAUAAUAUUGAAGAAAAACGAAAAAGUCAAAUCAAUGUAAAACGUGAACAUUAGCUUGUAUGAUAACUGAUUUACUUGUUCAGUUGUGUUUAUGGAUUAAUUUUUAUCAUAUUAUUACCAUUAUUACUGUAUUAUUAUUAUUAGUCAUAAUACUUCAGUUUCACAGAAACUUAAUUUAUACAUAAAGUUUGGCUUGAAUGUUUGCUUACAAUUUCUUACUGCGAUAACCAAAAUCAUUAUUAUUACUGAUAGUACUCAAAAGUAUUAACUUAUGACCGGUUGAAAUAUAUAAAAUAAAUAAUUCCGACAAAAACAAAAGAGGAAUUGUAUAGAAA